CCCUUCGCUCAUAUAUACCCAAUCGGCCGUUCCUCACCUUUGUGCCUACUCUAAUUGCCUCAUUUCCUCGCCGCUUAUACAAUCUCAAUCAUUGGGUUCCUUUUGGGGAUUUAAUUUUUUUCUAGGUCUGUUACGCGAUGAAACGGGCAGGGAGCAAGGGUGUUUUGGAGUCAUCCUUCUCAUCAUCCAAGAAGACCACCCGCCGUCAGAAGAAACCGCCUACUUCCUCUCUUGAAGAACUAGAACUGCCAAACUCGGCGAUGAACAAGAUCCAAGAAGUGCAUGACAUCGCUAGGGAUGUGUUCUUUGCAGCCACGCCAGGCUUUGUUCCAUCAUCGUUAGCCGAGGCAAACCUCACCAAGUUGCUCGAUACCUUGAAGCUAGAGGAUUUUGGGCUUGAUGCAAGCAUGCCGUAUUUUAGAGCUGAUCCUCAAGGGCAUCCUAAAGUAACAUAUGUGCACUUUGGUGAUGAUAGUCUUAACUUCUCGUUUGGUGUGUUUUGUCUACCACAAUCGGCUGUCAUUCCACUCCAUGACCAUCUAGGGAUGACUGUCUUUAGCAAGAUUCUUCAUGGCUCAAUGCACAUAAAGUCGUAUGACUGGGUUAAAACUCCCAAUGGUAAAAAUCGUAUCUGCAGGGAAAUAGAUGGUGCUCAUUUUGCUAAGGUGAGAACUAACACCAUCUACGAUGAUUCAUCUAAGACAACGGUUCUAUACCCAGAGAGUGGAGGAAACCUUCAUUGCUUCACUGCAGAAACUGCUUGUGCAGUGCUUGAUGUCAUGGGCCCACCAUAUUCCUCAGUUGAAGGAAGGGACUGCUCAUACUAUGGAGUGUGUCCUUCGCCACGUGGAGUAAGCAGGCGGAUUACUGAUGAACUAUCUGAUUGGUUGAGAAAAGAACGUUGCACUUUCAAUAUGAACGCUGUGCUUGUGAAGCCAAGUACAAUGACUUGAUCCCCUUUUUAUGUUGAGGGCAUGCAAAUCUUCCAUCAGAAAUUUGGAUAUUCUUUGCCUGGUAUAGAGAUAUGCAUAGUCGUAGAAAGAGAUAGGGAGAGUGAUCAAAGGAUGUGAGUUAAGAAGCUAGCAAGAUUUGUGUACCAAGCAUUAUUUUUUUUCCUUGAAUAAUCUUUUGUGGUGAAACUAUGUGUCCUGUUUAUCGACAACUCUAUUUUUUUCC